AUGAUGGCGGGAUCCAAUCGACGUGUCUUCAUCUGCGCAGCAUCUGCGAGGAGCAUCGCUCUAAGCCGCGGCCUCAAUCUGAGAAUCCACUCGUUCCUAAAUGUAGCACCAAGCAAAUCGAUUCUUCUGGCUGCUGAUAAUUUGAGUCGCGACGAUGGCGCACAUUUGGGCGGACUCGGAGGCACAGGCGGUGAUGCUGGCGGAGAACUAGGCGGUCAUGGCGGAGAAUCAGGUGGUCCCGGCGGAGAAUUAGGCGAUCCCGGCGGAGGUUCGGGCGGUCCUGGAGGAGAUCAGAGCGGUCCUGGAGGGGAACAAGCGGGAGCCGGCGGACAGCAGGGCGGACCUGGCGGAAAGCAGGGGGGUCUUGGCGGAGAGCAACCCGGCGGGGAGAAGGGGGAUGCUGGCGGACAGCAGGGGGGUGUUGCCGGGGGGCAGGGGGGUGAUGGAGGGGAUCAGGGGGGAUCUGGCGGAGAUCAGGGGGGAUCUGGCGGGGAUCAGGGGGGAUCUGGCGGGGAUCAGGGGGAAUCUGGCCGGGAUCAGGGGGGAUCUGGCGGGGAUCAGGGGGGUGCUGGCUGGGAGCAGGAGGAAUCUGGCGGGAUCGCUACUCCUCAGAUUGUAGGAUCCGCGAGGUCCCUCGCUCCGCGCCGCAGUCUCGUUCUCAAAACCCUCUCACUCCUAAAGGCAACAACAACCAAACCAGUCUUCAUGGCUGUUGAUAAUUUGGGCGGCGGCAGUGGCGGAGACCUGGGCGGCGGCAGUGGCGGAGACCUGGGCGGCGGCAGUGGCGGAGACCUGGGCGGCGGCAGUGGCGGAGACCUGGGCGGCGGCAGUGGCGGAGACCUGGGCGGCGGCAGUGGCGGAGACCUGGGCGGCGGCAGUGGCGGAGACCUGGGCGGCGGCAGUGGCGGAGACCUGGGCGGCGGCAGUGGCGGAGACCUGGGCGGCGGCAGUGGCGGAGACCUGGGCGGCGGCAGUGGCGGAGACCUGGGCGGCGGCAGUGGCGGAGACCUGGGCGGCGGCAGUGGCGGAGACCUGGGCGGCGGCAGUGGCGGAGACCUGGGCGGCGGCAAUGGCGGACAGCAGGGUGAACCCGGCGGGCAGCAGGGCGGACCCGGCGGGCAGCAGGGCGGACCCGGCGGACAGCAGGGCGGACCCGGCGGACAGCAGGGCGGACCCGGCGGACAGCAGGGCGGACCCGGCGGACAGCAGGGCGGACCCGGCGGGCAGCAGGGCGGACCCGGCGGGCAGCAGGGCGGACCCGGCGGGCAGCAGGGCGGACCCGGCGGACAGCAGGGCGGACCCGGCGGACAGCAGGGCGGACCCGGCGGACAGCAGGGCGGACCCGGCGGACAGCAGGGCGGACCCGGCGGACAGCAGGGCGGACCCGGCGGGCAGCAGGGCGGAUCCGGGGGCCAGCAGGGCGGACCCGGCGGACAGCAGGGCGGACCUGGCGGACAGCAGGGCGGACAGCAGAGCGGCCAGCAGGGCGGACCCGGCGGGCAGCAGGGCGGACCCGGCGGGCAGCAGGGCGGACCCGGCGGGCAGCAGGGCGGACCCGGCGGGCAGCAGGGCGGACCCGGAGGCCAGCAGGGCGGACCCGGCGGACAGCAGGGCGGACCUGGCGGACAGCAGGGCGGACAGCAGAGCGGCCAGCAGGGCGGCCAGCAAGGCGGCCAGCAGGGCGGACAGGGCGGACCGCCGCAGGGCGGACAGCAGGGCGGACAGCAGGGCGGACCUGGCGGACAGCAGGGCGGAGAGCAGGGCGGACAGCUGGGCGGACAGCUGGGCGGACAGCAGGGCGGACCAAGCGGACAGCAGGGCGGGCAGCAGGGUGGACAGCAGGGCGGACCUGGCGGGCAGCAGGGCGGGCAGCAAGGCGGACCUGGCGGGCAGCAGGGCGGGCAGCAGGGCGGACCUGGCGGGCAGCAGGGCGGGCAGCAGGGCGGACCUGGCGGGCAGCAGGGCGGGCAGCAAGGCGGGCAGCAGGGCGGGCAGCAGGGCGGACCUGGCGGGCAGCAGGGCGGGCAGCAGGGCGGACCUGGCGGGCAGCAGGGCGGGCAGCAGGGCGGACCUGGCGGGCAGCAGGGCGGGCAGCAGGGCGGACCCGGCGGGCAGCAGGGCGGGCAGCAGGGCGGACCUGGCGGGCAGCAGGGCGGGCAGCAGGGCGGACCCGGCGGGCAGCAGGGCGGGCAGCAGGGCGGACCUGGCGGGCAGCAGCGCGGGCAGCAGGGCGGACCUGGCGGGCAGCAGGGCGGACCCGGCGGACCGCCGCAGGGCGGACAGCAGGGCGGACAGCAGGGCGGACAGGGCGGACCGCCGCAGGGCGGACAGGGCGGACCGCCGCAGGGCGGAGGGCAGGGCGGACAGCAGGGGGGUGCAAGCGGGGAUCAAGGGGGUGCUGGCGGGGAUCAGGGAGCAGGCGGGGAUCAGGGUGGAGCGGGCAGCUCGAGCUUCGCUACUACUCAGAGUGUGAGAGACAGUGCUAUCAAUACAACAGGUGCCAAGGGUGGGAAGGGAGGGAAGGGCGGCAAGGGAGGCAAGGGAGGAAAGGGCGGAAAGGGUGGCAAGGGCGGAAAGAAGUGA